AUGAUACCUAUCAAAUCUUCAAAUUGGGAGGAAGCUCUUAAAAAGGAGAAUUACCCGCCUGAUGAUGAACUUUAUAAAAUUUUCACUAAAAAAAUUGAAUUUCCUUAUAAGAUUUUCAUGGGUAAACAUGCUGGACUUAUUAAAUACAAAUCUUGUUCACCUGGAAGUGCGAAAAUUAAUGGAGAUUUAAUUAGACAAGAAAUGGGUUCAAGAAUAAUUAAAGUUAAAGAUUCAAUAUAUCAUUAUCAUUGGACUACUGGUAAUUAUUUGGAAUUUAAUGAUGAAUUUAUAGAAAAAAUCAUGCCUUGGAUACUUGAUUUAAUCAAAGAAGAAGAAGCUAGGAGACACAAUCCAGAAUGGAAGUCAGACUUAGAAGAAAUUGAAUAUGUAGUUCAAGAGAAAUUCCCCGCACCCGUCAUUGACGAUCCUGACUAUGUGGAAGCCUCUGAUCAAAGAGUUAUAAAGCAUUUUAGGAACAUGAGCCAUUUUUCAAAAACUGGGGAAUUUUUGGAUGAAGAAUAUAUGAAACCGUGUUGUUGA